AUGAAUGAUGAAGAUGAUCUGAAUCUGUUCAGAGUUGUGUUCCAUAGGGGGGCCGGGGGGGGGAUGGAGGAGCGUCGGGGGGGAGCGUGGAGAGACGUCUGGGAGGAAGAGGAGGAAGAGGAGGAGGGAGACAGGAGGAGGUGCAGAGCUGCUGUCGUCACGUCACGGUUCCUCAGCCACAGGAACCUGCAGCUCUGCUUCAUCAACAGCAGCGACAGUGAGGAGGAGGAGGAGGAUGGAGGCAACACACAGGUUGCCAUGGGAACAGAGCGCAACGGGUGUCCCGCUGCCGGGCUGAAACAGGAAGUGGCCGCGGCUCUGAGGCGGCUGAGAGACGAGCUGCUGGAGGAACAGAAGGAGAAGGAGCAUCUGGCCGGCAGCAGCACUGUUGCCAGGCGGAAACAUCUGGAGCGUCUGGAGCUGGAUCAGUGUUCAGUGCAGCAGCUCAGCAGCUCCAGAGCGUCUCUUCAACAGGAAGUGCACGCUCUGAGCUCGGAGCUGGUCGCUCUCCUGUUGGUUCGAGACCAGCUGAGGACGAAGCAGGACGCCGUGCUGCUGGACGUCCAGGACCUGACCUAACACCACACAUGUCCACACGUGUCCACCACCUCUACAUGUGACCAGGCAGGGACCAGGACCACCGGGACCA